AUGUAUGAGGAUGUAACGGAUGUAGGGAUGGUUGUGGAAUAUACGCAAUACUUUUUGACACAUAGGUUCCCUCGAUUCACAGGGACAAGAGAGAUGAUUUCUGCACUAGAAGAGGUUGAUGAUGAUUAUCAGGGCAGAGGUGAUAGAGGUGGAAGGAGGGGUAGAGGGAGGAGAGGUGGUAGGAUUAUUGUGGGUGGCGUAGUUGGAUAUGGUCAGGGAGGAGGUGGUGGCCAAGCAGGAGGAGGAUAUGAGGGAGGAGUGGUGAGGGGUAGAGGAGGAGUGGUGCGAGGUAGAGGAGGAAGAUGGAGGAUGGGUGGCAUUGGGUGGAGUGGACCAUUGCAGGCAGAGAAUGUUGCUUCCAUGGGGGUUAAGGAGGGAUCACAUAGUGAUGGAUCUAACGAGGAGAUAGGUGAUUAUUCUGAUGAGGAUACAGAGUCUGAGGUGGUUGGUGGAGGAGUAGGUUUUAUGGGAUUGGAGGGUAUAGCAGUGGAGUACGAGGAUCUACAUGAUGAAUACUAA